AUGUUACCAUUACCUGCUAUCGUGUUUUUAGCGAGACUCCACUUAACCAAAUCGCCACAAGAUGUCCGAUUGUCAAGUCUUGGCAAACGUGCCGAGUUUCGGUGUUCUUCUUCCAACCCCUCCGUCAAACCUUUCUGGCUCUUCAAUGGCGAGCCAUUCUACACAAUCUCUCCUCAAGUAUUGGUGAUUGACUCCGUGAAAGAAUCGGAUUUGGGUCUCUACCAGUGCAUAGCUCGAACCCUUACUUCAGACGGUCGAACAGAUGAGUGGGUUUCGGCAACAGCUUUACUAAGUCUCUAUUCCGAUAAGAUUGUCACCAAAGUUGCUGAUUUGGUUGAAUUCAUUCCAAACGCUCAUCGUACACCGACGAACCAUCCUGAAGCUCUUGCAGUUACGAAGGAAAUGACCCCUCUCGCCGAAAUGGCUUUAGACAAUUUUGCUGUCUACUUGACGUGGAAUGUGAGCGAAGCCACCCUCUUUUCUGGUUACCGAGGCUUAAUGUCGGGAUUAUCUUCUAACCAACUACAGUCUUUUCAAGGUCAAGAAGACCAACCUAUUGCCUUCCAAAUUGAGUACGCAACUCUUUUGCGCGAAUCAGUAUUAAAUCCUGCCUUAGAAGGACUCAUACCACCGGAACCUGCUUUGUGGUCGAAGACUGAGCGAUUGAAUAAGAUGUUAAAGAAAACGCACGGCUUUGUGAUUGGAUCACCAUUAGAACCAGGCAAGAUUUAUCGAUUUCGAACGCGUGCAGUAUUUACUGAGACAGGUGAAGACAUUAUUCCUCCAUCUGACUGGUCGGAACCAAUCAGCACUCAUCACAUCAGCAGUGUACCACCACCAAGAAUUACAUCUGUCCAACCUUAUCAUGAUGGCCGAUUUAACGUGACCUGGGAGUACGAUGGUUACUUAAGUAAUCAAUCAACAGGAGGCGGUCCAACGGAGUCUUUCCGCCCGGACUUCUUCUUGAUUCUUGUACGCCCAGUCUCGCGCUCACCACCUUUAUCCAAGUCGUCAAGUAUUGAUGAAAAGUCUGGAAAUGAUUCAGGAUCUCAGAAUGACAACAACGAUGCUGUUAUCAAUUACGGACGCUAUCGUGCUACACAGGUUAAUGGAUCGGAUGCUAGGGAGGCAUUUAUCUACAAUCUCAACUCUUCUAUCAGCUAUCAAUUAGUUGUCUAUGGUGUGAAGUACGAAAAUGGUGAGCGAAGGAUUACCCGUUUCUCGGAGGCCAAAUUUGCUACUUUACCAGAGGUUCCCGGCUUCGGCUCUUUCACCUUUAUUCGCGCAAUACUCGAUAAUAAACCCAUCUUUAUUGGACUUGGUGCUUUGGCUCUGAUAAUCUUCCUCGUUGCCCUUAUCCUAGUUAUUAUGUGCAUUGCCCGACAACGCAAAUAUCGACGUAGGAGGCGAACCAAGCACAAUGGUUUCCUCACUGGUCCUACGGAAGCGGAGAAGUAUCCAACUCAAUCCCAACAAGUACCUCAGAACCAACAGUCGGCCACAUCGGUCAAUGAUCGACUUCUGGCCAGUUCCCCAUCUGCAGUUAAGGCCGCUCAGGCUGCUCAAGGUCAAGCCAUGCUCAUGGGUACCCUCAUGCGUCAGUCCAAUUUUUCCGACACACCUUCAAAUCAACAGUAUGCCCAGCAGCAACAGCAGUUUGCUCAGCAGCAAGCCGCCUACAUGGGUUCUGCUAUGCAUCUAGGUGGAGGCGGGCCCAGCUCUGCUUUCUACGGUACCCAACAUCAUCAUCCCCACCACCGGUCACAUCACUCGUUGCUAUUACAAUCAGCUACUGGAGGUCCAAUGGUGGGUGGUAGUCAUAUGUUCCACUCAGGAACCCUUCCUCCUGGAAUGCGAGCUGGUGGAAUACAAAUUCAGUCUCCACCACCUCCUGUCGGUGGAUUUGGAAGUCAGCAGGUGUUAAACCAGAUGGCAGUUGAUGGAAUGGAUUCUCAACAGCAGCAACAGGCUACUCUUAUGAGGGAUUACUAUCAUCAGCAACAACAACAGCAGCAGAUGUAUCAACAGCACUUACUGAAUCAACAGCAACAACAGGCCUCUUUCAUGCAGUAUGGAACUCACAAUCCAGCGGCAUAUUUGUCACCUCAGCAACAGCAACAACAAAUUAUGGAUACGCUGACAAGGCAACACAGCCAGUCCUAUCCCUAUGGUGGAAGUGUUCACUCCGGGGCUUCACUUAAACGCGAUCCUAACGGGUCAAUGCACGAAGAAGCAACCUUACUAGCAAGAAGUCCUAUGAGCCCGCAUCCACCACCAAUGCUAGGUGACCAGAUUCCACCACCGGGCUACUUCCAGUCACCUAUGUAUGGCCAACAGCAUCCUUUGAUGUCACCUCCGCCGCCGCCAGUUCAAAUGUCCGGUGUACCUUAUUAUUCCGGUCAACCACAGGGUGAUCCUAUGCAUAUGAACAGGAUGCAUGGCAUGGGCCACCACACGGAUGGGGAGUCAAUUUACUCGUAUUUCUCGCAACAAGAUGUCUGUCAUCCACAAUCACAUGCAAUGCUGAAUCCAUUGCCUGAGGAGAAUCAGAUGAACCUCGGAUACACUGAAUCUGGAAGUCAAACUGCUGGUUUGAAUGGGACAAGUGGUACUGCGAGUCCACAUGGAGGUGGUACUGUCAGUGGUCACAGACAUCACAGAAGACGCCGCAGGAAACAGCAGCAGUCUUCACAAUCAUCCCAGCAAUUCGGUUCCGGUAGUGGCGAGGGUGAUGGUUUCCAGUUCCCCGUUCAAAACGGUGAGAACAUAGCCCUAAUGACAAUGAUGGAUGGACAGGAAAGAAAUGGAAAUAAUAGUGGAAUGAAUGGAACCACACCUCCCUCGGCAGCUGGAUUAGAGCAACCUGGAGGAGGGAAUGAAGCUCUAAAUCAAAUCAAUCUUCGAUCGGGAAAUCAGUCAUUUGAUAGAAGUACGCCGUCUUAUGGAGCAUCACCAGGAAUGGGAGUUCGUUCGCCACUUCCUCCACCAAGCCAACCUCCACCACCACCUCCACCUGCAAUGAUGAUGAUGCCACCCAUGCAGAUGGGUGAUCCGAGCAAUCAAGGUGGUGUUGUCAUGGGUAAUCCCGCUAACAGCGGCAGUCUGAGUCGUCGUGGCGGCCCCAAACCUGGAAGUGUUCUUAGUGGAGCCCCACCGCGUAUUCGUGACUACUCUGAGUAUGGAAUUCCCACCUCGGUACCCGGUAACCCCAUGAGCCAACCCCCACCACCUGGUGUCGUUGCAAUGACAAGUCCUGCUGCUGCAAAUAGUAACAGUGGCAAGCCACAACUUCCAUCUGGUGCUUCACAAAGUGCUGGUGGGACUGGGAGUCUGAGAUACCGUGAGGGUCAAGCAUAA